AUGCCAGCAAAUUCCGAGAAGGAGCAUCUGUCCAUUGUGAUCUGCGGCCAUGUCGACAGUGGCAAGAGCACCACCACCGGCCGCCUGAUCUUCGAGCUGGGCGGACUGCCCGAGCGUGAGCUCGAGAAGCUGAAGGCGGAGGCCGAGCGCCUGGGCAAGGGCUCCUUCGCCUUCGCGUUCUACAUGGACCGCCAGAAGGAGGAGCGCGAGCGCGGCGUGACCAUCGCUUGCACCACCAAGGAGUUCUACACCGAGAAGUGGCACUACACUGUCAUUGAUGCCCCAGGCCAUCGCGAUUUCAUCAAGAACAUGAUCACUGGCGCUUCCCAGGCGGAUGUUGCGCUUAUCAUGGUCCCGGCCGACGGUAAUUUCACGACCGCCAUCGCCAAGGGCAACCACAAGGCUGGCGAAAUCCAGGGGCAGACUCGCCAGCACUCUCGCUUGAUCAACUUGCUGGGCGUGAAGCAGAUCUGCAUUGGCGUCAACAAAAUGGACUGUGACACCGCUGGAUACAAGCAGUCCCGCUACGACGAGAUCGCAAACGAGAUGAAGAGCAUGCUGGUCAAGGUUGGCUGGAAGAAGGACUUCGUCGAGAAGGGGACGCCGGUGAUGCCCAUCUCUGGCUGGAUGGGCGACAACCUUCUGAAAAAGUCUGACAACAUGGGCUGGUGGAAGGGCUGCGAUGUCGAGUACGGCAAGGAGACCAUCCACGUGGACACCGUCUACGAUGUGCUUGACGUGAUGUGCCGCGUGCCGGAGCGGCCUACCAGCGCGCCAAUGCGCAUGCCGAUCUCUGGCAUCUACAAGAUCAAGGGUGUCGGCGAUGUGCUCGCUGGGCGCGUGGAGCAGGGCGUGGUGAAGCCGGGCGAGGAGGUCGUGUUCCUGCCCACGCAUACCGCUUCGAACCCGUGCACUGGCAAGGUGUUCACCGUGGAGAUGCACCACCAGCGCGUCGACUUCGCCAAUCCCGGGGACAACGUUGGCCUCAACAUCAAGGGGCUUGACAAGAAUAACAUGCCCCGCUCGGGCGACGUGAUGGUCUACAAGAAGGACACAACCCUGGGUCAGACGAAGGAGUUCGACGCGCAGAUCCAGGUGCUCGACAUCCCCAACGAGAUCAAGGUCGGCUACUCCCCGAUCGGCUUCGUGCGCUGCGGGCGCGCGGCAUGCCGCAUCAGCAAGCUGAAGUGGAAGAUGGGCAAGGAGACGGGUGGCAAGAAGAUGGAGGAUCCCCACUCCCUCAAGUCCAACGAGAUGGCUCAGUGCAGCUUCCAGCCGCAGCAGCCGCUGGUGUGCGACACCUUCAAGAACUGCGAGGGCCUGUCGCGCGUGGCGUUCAUGGACGGCAACGGCGUUGUGAUGCUUGGCAAGGUCAUCUCGUGCGAGCGCAAGGAGGAGGGCGGCGCUGGCGGCAAGAAGAAGCCUACCGGCCGCCCGGGGCGGGCCCUCUCGGCCACCGUGCGCGGGCCCGCCUCCUCGGACGCCCGUGCCGUAGGCUCAAGGGCGUCACUGGACAGGAAGUGCCGUUACGUAGCUCUGCUCGGGGCUGCGGCAGCCAUGCCGGCCAAUUCGGAGAAGGAGCAUCUGUCCAUUGUGAUCUGCGGCCACGUCGACAGUGGCAAGAGCACCACCACUGGCCGCCUGAUCUUCGAGCUGGGCGGACUGCCCGAGCGUGAGCUCGAGAAGCUGAAGGCGGAGGCCGAGCGCCUAGGCAAGGGCUCCUUCGCCUUCGCAUUCUACAUGGACCGCCAGAAGGAGGAGCGCGAGCGCGGCGUGACCAUCGCGUGCACCACCAAGGAGUUCUACACCGAGAAGUGGCACUACACCGUCAUCGAUGCCCCAGGCCAUCGCGAUUUCAUCAAGAACAUGAUCACGGGCGCCUCCCAGGCGGACGUUGCCCUUAUCAUGGUCCCGGCCGACGGUAACUUCACGACCGCCAUCGCCAAAGGCAACCACAAGGCUGGCGAAAUCCAGGGGCAGACUCGCCAGCACUCCCGCUUGAUCAACCUGCUGGGCGUGAAGCAGAUCUGCAUUGGCGUCAACAAGAUGGACUGUGACACCGCCGGAUACAAGCAGUCCCGCUAUGACGAAAUCGCAAACGAGAUGAAGAGCAUGCUGGUCAAGGUUGGCUGGAAGAAGGACUUCGUCGAAAAGGGGACACCAGUGAUGCCCAUCUCUGGCUGGAUGGGCGACAAUCUGCUGAAAAAGUCCGACAACAUGGGCUGGUGGAAAGGCUGCGAUGUCGAGUACGGCAAGGAAACCAUCCACGUUGACACGGUCUACGAUGUGCUUGACGUGAUGUGCCGCGUGCCAGAGCGGCCCACCAGCGCGCCAAUGCGCAUGCCGAUCUCUGGCAUCUACAAGAUCAAGGGCGUCGGCGAUGUGCUCGCCGGGCGUGUGGAGCAGGGCGUAGUGAAGCCGGGCGAGGAGGUCGUGUUCCUGCCCACGCAUACCGCUUCGAACCCGUGCACUGGCAAGGUAUUCACCGUGGAGAUGCACCACCAGCGCGUCGACUUUGCCAACCCUGGGGACAACGUCGGCCUCAACAUCAAGGGACUCGACAAGAAUAACAUGCCCCGCUCGGGCGACGUGAUGGUCUACAAGAAGGAUACCACGCUGGGUCAGACGAAGGAGUUCGACGCGCAGAUCCAGGUGCUCGAUAUCCCCAACGAGAUCAAGGUCGGCUACUCCCCGAUCGGCUUCGUGCGCUGCGGGCGCGCGGCGUGCCGCAUUAGCAAGUUGAAGUGGAAGAUGGGCAAGGAGACGGGUGGCAAGAAGAUGGAGGAUCCCCACUCUCUCAAGUCCAACGAGAUGGCUCAGUGCAGCUUCCAGCCACAGCAGCCGCUGGUGUGCGACACCUUCAAGAACUGCGAGGGCCUGUCGCGCGUGGCGUUCAUGGAUGGCAACGGCGUUGUGAUGCUUGGCAAGGUCAUCUCGUGCGAGCGCAAGGAGGAGGGCGGCGCUGGCGGCAAGAAGAAGUAA